CCCUCCGCUUCAUCUUUUUCGAUCGAUAGAGGCCUGCUUCUCUCAUCGGACCCCCUCUACUCAGCGGCUGCGAAGAUGCAGAUUUUCGUCAAGACCCUUACGGGUAAGACAAUUACCCUGGAGGUCGAAUCCUCCGACACCAUCGACAACGUCAAGGCCAAGAUUCAGGAUAAGGAAGGCAUCCCUCCGGAUCAGCAACGUCUGAUUUUUGCCGGAAAGCAGCUCGAGGAUGGCCGCACACUCGCUGAUUACAACAUUCAGAAGGAGUCGACUCUACACCUGGUCCUCCGCCUCCGCGGUGGCGCUAAGAAGCGAAAGAAGAAGACCUACACCAAGCCGAAGAAGAUCAAGCACAAGAAGAAGAAGGUCAAGCUCGCCGUCCUCCAGUUCUACAAGGUUGACGACUCUGGAAAGGUGCAGAGGUUGAGGAAAGAGUGCCCAAACAACGAGUGUGGUGCGGGGACAUUCAUGGCCAAUCAUUUUGACAGGCACUACUGUGGUAAGUGUGGGCUCACUUAUGUCUACAAUAAGGCCGGUGGGGGCGAUUGAGAUUUGUAGUUUCACUCACCUUCGAGACUACAUAUAAAAGAAGGAAGGAGGAACGCUUUGUGAUUUGUCUUGGAUUUUGAUGUCAUGCAUUUCAGGUGUUGUUUGGGUUUAAGAUUUUAUACUCGAGUACUAUGCUUCCAAUUGAGACUAGCUAGAUUUUGUUCUCAUUUUAAUCCGGAAUUAUCAUAAUGACUUGAGAGUAUUGACAAAUGUUUUUCUUCA